UUGCUGACAUACCAAAAGCUUUUGUAACUUGAAUUGGGGAGAAGUAGGAGAUAGUCUUCGAGAAAAUCAAUGAUGGGUAACAUUGGAAUUUUGUUUCCUGAACUUUUGAGUAUCCUUUUUUUCACUUUAUCUUUUUUCUUUUUCAUGCCCCGUGAAGGAAAAAUAUGUCUUCAACCAAAACGCGUCAUCAUAGAUGCGUCAAUUGUCGAAGAAAACUACCGAGUAGUGUGUAGUAUAAGCUCAAAUUUCUCUCCCUCUCUCGCUAAAUCUGUGGUUUUGGUACAGAGCAAUUCAAAGUGAUAAACCAUGACGGGUAGAGAAAUUUUGCAUAAAAUGAAGGCAAAAGCUGGCUUUGGCUCUUCAGCAUCUGACACUGGUAAAGGCAAGAGCAAGAUGUCAGGCAAGCAAAUUACACAUGGGUUUCACUUGAUUAAAGGAAAAUCAAAUCAUGCUAUGGAGGACUACGUUUUUGCGCAAUUCAAGCAAGUGCAGGACAAAGAAUUAGGUUUAUUUGCUAUAUUUGAUGGCCAUUUGGGUCAUGAUGUUCCAGACUACCUGCAGUCCCAUCUGUUUGACAAUAUUUUGAAUGAGCAUGAUUUCUGGACUGAAACUGAGACGGCGAUCAGAAGAGCAUAUGAUGUAACAGAUAAAAAGAUUUUGGAUAAAGCAGUUGAUUUGGGAAGAGGAGGUUCCACUGCAGUUACUGCGAUACUCUUCAAUGGUGAGAAGUUGAUAGUGGCAAAUGUUGGAGACUCGCAAGCUGUGAUAUGCAAGAACGGUGUGGCCAAACAGCUGUCUGUUGAUCACGAACCAGCUAAUGAAAGAGAAGACAUUGAGCACAGGGGUGGUUUUGUCUCAAGAUUUCCAGGAGAUGUUCCUCGGGUAGAUGGACAGUUGGCAGUGGCUAGAGCAUUUGGGGAUAAGAGCUUAAAAAGGCAUCUCACUUCAGAACCAGAUAUUGCAGAGGAAGUGAUUGAGGAAGAUACAGAGUUGAUCAUAUUAGCAAGUGAUGGAUUAUGGAAGGUUAUGUCAAACCAAGAGGCGGUGGACUUGGUAAAGAACACAAAGGAUGCUCAAACAGCGGCCAAGCAAUUAACAGAAGAAGCUGUUACAAGAAAAAGCAAGGAUGAUAUCUCCUGUAUAGUUGUCAAGUUCCAGCGAUCCUUUCUUUGUUAGUCGGUACUAGUCAUCAUCUUAUUAUUAGCCUUGGCUUGUGUGUUGUAUUGCAAGUGUACCAAUAAAAUUUAGAUUUCCUCGUCUUCUCUUUUUACUAAGUAAACCCUUUCCCUUCCUAUGAUAAAUUUUAAUAUGUUAAUCAUGCCUGGAAGAUACUUGGUUCAAAUUGUACAAAACUACAGUUCUGAAAAGCCAGUAUAUUACUUGUUUCCGAUUCUGACGAA